UCCAAAGAUAAAGGAGGCUGCAACACACUGCUCCCCAGCCCCACACCUUGGGUCUCCUUUUGCAAGACACAGAUGUCAGAAACUGAGCUGGAAAAGAUAAAAGUAAGAACAGCUGAGCAUUUUGAAAAUGAUAAAAAUAACAUUUCUUGGUUGAAGGAAGGAUUAUCCAGCUCAAUUCUAAAUCCUCUUGGAGAUCCUGAUACGCAACUCACAAAUGAAAAACGUGCGGAUGAGAAACCCAUUAAUGCUAUCGUUAUAAAUUCAGUAUCUGAAUUCAAUAUCACAGAUGGACCAGCCAAGGAAAGCCCCAAUGAGAAAAAACUGUCAGAAUCCAGCACAUCAUUGUCCUCCCUUGAAGAAUGCCAAACGAAAUUUUCCUACCUCCAAACUGAUACUUCAGUUCAUCAGAGAGACACUGACGAGGAGUGUGCCUCCCUCAUCCUCACCUGUCUGUUUUGUCAGUUCUGGGACUGUCUUCUGAUGCUCCCAGACACGUGCGAAACAGUGUGCGCCAACCUGUGCUGCCCUUCCCACCCCUACCACCACGCCCCGGACGAAAGCCACUCUCGCAAUGACUGCGGCUGCAACUGCGACGUGGACUGCAGCCUUUUUGAGUCUUGCCACGAGACCGGCGAGUGUCUGGAGCUGGCCAUGGAGAUUUCAGAAAUCUGUUACCGCUAG